AUGGCCCUGAGGGUCCCCAUCAGGGCUCUGCUGCUCCUCAUGGGGCUGUUGACCCAAGGCCUGGCCCAGGUGCUGGUCCCUGCUGCAGCCCCCCGAGGCUUCUGGGCUCUGCCUGAAAACUUGACGGUGGUGGAGGGGGCCGCUGCUGAGCUGCGGUGUGGGGUCAGCGCCCCUGGCAGUGCGGUGCAAUGGGCCAAAGGUGGGCUGCUCCUAGGCCCUGAUCCUAGGAUCCCCAGUUUCCCACGGUACCACCUGGAAGGGGACCCUACUAAAGGUGAAUUCCACCUGCAUAUUGAAGCCUGUGACCUCAGCGACGAUGCAGAGUAUGAAUGCCAGGUCAGCCGCUCAGAGACAGGCCCUGAGCUCGUGUCACCCAGAGUGAUCCUCUCCGUCCUGGUGCCCCCCAAGGUGCUUCAGCUGACCCCCGAGGCAGGGAGCACGGUCACGUGGGUAGCUGGGCAGGAGUAUGAAGUCAGCUGUGUUUCUGGGGAUGCAAAGCCCGCACCUGACAUCACCUUUCUCCGCAGUGGACAAACAAUUUCUGACAUCUCUGCUAAUGUGAAUGAGGGGUCGCAGGAGAAGCUCUUCAUCACCAAGGCCACGGCCAGGGUGACACCCCAGAGUUCGGAUAAUGGGCAGUUACUGGUGUGUGAGGGAUCCAGCCCAGCUUUGGACACCCCUAUCAAGGUGUCGGUCACCAUGAAUGUUCUGUUCCCCCCAGGACCCCCUGUCAUUGAGUGGCCAGGCCUGGAUGAAGGGCAUGUGCGGGCAGGGCAGAACUUGGAGCUGCUGUGCAUGGCCCGAGGGGGGAACCCGCCAGCCACACUGCAGUGGCUGAAGAAUGGCCAGCCCGUGUCCACACCGUGGGGCACCGAGCAUGCUCAGGUGGUGGCCCGCAGCAUGUUAGUGAUGAUUGUGCGGCCGGAAGACCAUGGGGCGAGGCUCAGCUGUGAGGCCCAAAACAGCGUGUCUACAGGGAUCCAGGAACGCGGGGUCACGCUGCAGGUCACCUUUCCCCCCAGUGCCAUUACCAUCCUGGGAUCUGCCUCCCAGUCUGAGAACAAGAACAUGACGCUCUCCUGCAUCACCAAGUCCAGUCGCCCACGGGUCCUGCUGCGAUGGUGGCUGGGCUGGCGGCAGCUGCAGCCCACAGAGGAGACGGUCAUGGAUGGCCUGCAUGGCGGCCACAUCUCCAUGUCUAACCUGACAUUCCUGGCGCGAAGGGAGGACAAUGGUCUGACCCUCACGUGUGAGGCCUUUAGUGAGGCCUUCGCCAAGGAGACCUUCAAGAAGUCGCUCACCCUGAAUGUGAAAUAUCCUGCCCAGAAGCUGUGGAUCGAGGGCCCCCCAGAAGGGCAGCGCCGCCUCCGGGCUGGGACCCGAGUGAAGCUAGUGUGUUUGGCCAUUGGAGGCAACCCAGACCCUUCGCUCACCUGGUACAAGGACUCGCGCACGGUGACGGAGCCGCGGCAGGCCCAGGAGCCACGGCGGGUGCAGCUGGGAGGUCUGGAGAAGUCCGGGAGCACCUUCUCCCGAGAGCUCGUGCUGGUCACGGGUCCGUCGGACAACCAGGCCAAGUUCACCUGCAAAGCCGGCCAGCUCAGCGCGUCCAUGCAGCUUGUGAUUCAGUUCCCGCCAACUAACGUGACGAUCCUGGCCAACGCGUCGGCGCUGCGCCCCGGGGAUGCCUUAAACUUGACGUGCAUCAGCGUUAGCAGCAACCCUCCGGUUAACUUGUCUUGGGACAAGGAGGGGGAGAGGCUGGAAGGUGUGGCCGGCGCACCCCGGAGUGCUCCAUUCAAAGGCUCCUCUGCUGCCAGGAGCCUCCUUCUGAGAAUGUCGUCCCGCGACCACGGCCACCGCGUGACCUGCCGCGCCCACAGCACGGAGCUACAGGAAACCGUGAGCGCCUUCUACCGCCUCAAUGUGCUGUACCCUCCAGAGUUCCUGGGCGAGCAGGUGCUUGUGGUGACCGCGGUGGAGCGGGGGGAGGCACUGCUGCCGGUGUCCGUGUCUGCCAACCCUGCCCCAGAGGCCUUCAACUGGACCUUCCGUGGCUACCGCCUCAGCCCAGCUGGUGGCCCCCGGCAUCGUAUCCUGUCUGGUGGCGCUCUGCAGCUGUGGAAUGUGACCCGCGCUGACGAUGGCCUCUAUCAGCUGCACUGCCAGAACUCAGAGGGCACCGCGGAAGCGCUUGUGAGGCUGGAUGUACACUAUGCUCCCAUCAUCCGAAAUCUCCAAGACCCUACUGAGGUGAACAUUGGGGGUUCUGUGGACAUAGUCUGCACUGUUGAAGCCAAUCCUAUCCUUCCAGGGAUGUUCAGCUGGGAAAGGCUGGGAGAAGAGGAGGAGGACCAGAGCCUGGAAGACAUGGAGAAGGUGUCAGAAGGAUCCACGGGACGUCUUCGAAUUCACCAUGCCAAGUUGAGCCAGGCUGGUGCUUACCAGUGCAUUGUGGACAAUGGGGUGGCACCUCCAGCCCGAGGGCUGGUCCGUCUUGUCGUCAGAUUUGCCCCCCAUGUGGAGCAUCCCACUCCCCUAACCAAGGUGGCUGCCGCCGGAGACAGCACUAGUUCUGCCACUCUCCACUGUCGUGCCCGAGGUGUCCCCAAUAUUGUCUUCACUUGGACCAAAAAUGGGGUCCCUCUGGAUCUCCAGGAUCCCAGGUAUACGGAGCACACAUACCACCAGGGUGGCAUCCACAGCAGUCUUCUGACCAUUGCCAAUGUGUCUGCAGCCCAGGAUUAUGCCCUCUUCACGUGCACAGCCACCAACCCCCUCGGCUCAGACCAUACCAACAUUCAACUCGUCAGCAUCAGCCGCCCUGAUCCACCAUCCGGAUUGAAGGUCUUAAGCAUGACCCCGUACUCAGUGGGGCUGGAAUGGACGCCUGGCUUUGAUGGGGGCUUGCCACAGAGUUUCCAAAUCAGGUAUGAGGCUCUGGAGACUCCAGGGUUCCUCUACACAGAUGUCCUACCACCCCAGGCCACCACCUUCAUGCUGACUGGGCUGCAACCUUCUACACGAUACAGGGUCUGGGUGCUGGCCCGCAAUGCCCUAGGGGACAGUGGACUUGCCGUCAAAGGGUCCCAGAUCUCUGUCACCACCCCAGGUUUACAGGAACCUUCUGGAGAACCCGACUACCAGUCGCCCACAGAGCAGCCUGCAGGACCCUCAGGGCUGCCACUGCUGCCUAUACUAUUUGCUGUUGGGGGUCUUCUGCUGCUUUCUCAUGCCUCCUGUGUCGGAGGGUUUCUCUGGCAUCGGAGACUGAAGCGUCUUGCUGAAGGCAUCUCAGAGAAGACAGAGGCAGGGUCGGAGGAGGACCGAGUCAGGAAUGAAUACGAGGAGAGCCAGUGGACUGGAGACCGGGACACUCAAAGCUCCAUGGUUAGCACAACAGAUGUAGAGCCUUAUUACCACUCGAUGAAGGACUUCAGCCCGAAGCUACCCCCCACGCUGGAGGAAGUGUCUUAUCCCCGAGGUCUUGAGGAGGAGGAUGUGGCCUUCCCUGGGCACCUGUACGAUGAAGUGGAGAGAGUGUAUGCCCCAUCCUGGGCCUGGGGACCCCUCUAUGAUGAGGUACAGAUGGGCCCCUAUGACCUCCGCUGGCCUGAGGACAAGUCUGAGGAUCCAAGAGGAAUCUAUGAUCAGGUGGCAGGCGAUCUGGACCCUACGGAACCUGACGCCCUACCCUUUGAACUGAGGGGACAUCUGGUGUGAAAUCUUGACACCCUUUUCCUACACCUGCAGGUCAGAAUAUUCCAAUGGUCCUUUUUAUGCCAGCCCAGGCUGAGCUUGUGAUGUGAGCUCCAAAGGGACUGGGCUUUUUCAGGAGAGCACGUGUGUAAGUGACAGAAGAAGUUUUAAUCUGAUGUCAAAGUAUAAACAAGGCUUCUCUUGGGAUUGGCUUUAGAAACUAAACUUCUCCAUAGAGACACAGUGAAUUGUAAAAGACAUCUCAAUAACAAAAAGCUCAU